UUUAUAGGAUGGCACCUUGAUCCUUAAAUAUUGUCCAGUGUGUAAGGUCAGUGUGCGGAGAGUAAGGAGGAGAGCGGGCUGAUUUUUCUUAAAGGGGCAGAUCAGGGAAAGGCUCUGAUGGUGCUGAGAGAGAGGGGGGGGGGAGAGAUAAGUGAUCUGAAGAAGAGGAUAGGACAAAAAAAAAAACCUGAUGAUGAUGAAUACAUUGGAAACUUUUUUUGGCCCUGGUGAGGGUGUCAGAUUGAAUGCUCUGUGCGCAUGUGCGAAGGUGUCCAAACUGACAAUGCUUGGGAGAUGAAGAUAGUGUGUAGCUGCUUCUGGGCUCAAGGAGGGAGGAGAAGAAUCCACAAGCCGACAAGAUGAGAUCCAAGGCGAGGGCGAGAAAACUGCCCAAAAUAGUGCCCGGAGGCCCCAGUCAGGAUUGAGGCCCCAUGGUGUUGGGUACUGCACAAAAGGACAAAAAGAAGUGGGAUGAACAGAGACUGAACUUCCCUCCAACUCCUGGAAGCAAAUGUGAUAGCGAGAUUGUAAAUAAUAUGUACGAGACCGAUCCCGAUCUGCUGGCUGGUGAGAGUGCAGAGGAGGAAACAGAGGACAGUAUUAUGUCCCCCAUCCCUGUCGGCCCUCCAUCACCUUUUCCCACCAGCGAGGACUUCACCCCCAAGGAGGGCUCACCUUAUGAAGCUCCUGUCUACAUUCCUGAUGACAUUCCAAUACCAGCAGAUUUUGAACUCAGAGAAUCCUCGAUUCCAGGGGCAGGGCUAGGGAUCUGGGCCAAAAAGAAGAUUGAAGUUGGGGAAAGAUUUGGACCUUACACGACGGUGCAAAGGAACACGCUAAAGGAAACAAACUUUGGAUGGGAGCAAAUGCUGACUGAUCCUGAGGGGGCAUCCCAAGAGGGCAGUAUAAAAAAGACCACUGAUGACCUGGGGAAUGAGAAAUUCUGUGUUGAUGCUAACCAGACUGGAACUGGAAACUGGCUGAAGUACAUCCGAGUGGCCUGUUCCUGCGAUGAACAAAAUCUAGCUGUGUGUCACAUUAAUGAACAGAUCUAUUAUAAAGUUAUUAAAGAAAUUGAGCCAGGAGAAGAACUGUUGGUGUAUAUGAAGGAAGGGGCUUAUUCGCUUGGGAACAUGCCACCCAGUAUGGAAGAGGACCACACAUUUCGCUGUGAAGACUGUGAUGAACUCUUCCAGUCAAAGCUGGACCUGAGGCGGCACAAGAAAUAUGCCUGCAACACUGUCAGCUCUCUGUAUGAGACCCUGAAUGAGGAGAUAAAACAGGAAGGCCUCAGCGAUGGGCAGGUCUAUGAGUGCAAAGACUGUGAGAGAAUGUUCCCCAAUAAAUACAGCUUGGAGCAGCACAUGGUAAUCCACACGGAGGAGAGGGAGUACAAGUGUGACCAGUGUCCAAAGGCUUUCAACUGGAAAUCAAACCUGAUUCGUCACCAGAUGUCACAUGACAGUGGCAAACGCUUUGAAUGUGAAAAUUGUGUGAAGGUGUUUACCGACCCCAGCAAUCUCCAGCGGCACAUCCGUUCCCAGCAUGUUGGCGCACGAGCUCAUGCCUGCCCGGACUGCGGCAAAACCUUUGCCACUUCAUCUGGCCUCAAACAACACAAGCACAUUCACAGUACUGUCAAACCUUUCAUAUGUGAGGUCUGUCACAAAUCCUACACACAGUUCUCCAACCUGUGCCGCCACAAACGGAUGCAUGCAGACUGUCGCACUCAGAUCAAAUGCAAGGACUGUGGGCAGAUGUUCAGCACUACCUCCUCUCUCAACAAGCACCGGCGCUUCUGCGAGGGCAAGAACCAUUACAACCCUGGGGGGAUUUUUGCCCCUGGCCUCCCUUUAACUCCAACCUCCAUGAUGGACAAAUCCAAGCCCUCACCCAACCUCAACCAUGCCAGCCUGGGAUUUAAUGAUUACUUUCCAUCCCGACCGCACCCAGCGGGUCUUCCAUUUUCACCUGCUCCCCCAGCAUUUCCCACCCUCACUCCAGGAUUCCCAGGGAUUUUUCCACCCUCUCUGUACCCGCGGCCUCCCUUAUUGCCUCCCACCUCGCUGCUCAAGAGUCCACUGAACCACACUCAAGACGCAAAACUUCCAAGCCCCUUGGGGAACCCAGCCCUGCCUCUGAUUUCUGCAGUGAGCAACAGCAGCCAGCCUGUCUCAGGAGAGGAGAAAUGUGAAAGCAACCUAGAAAAUUCCUACCUUGACAAGCUGAAAGCCAGGAACAGUGACAUGUCAGAUGGCAGCGACUUUGAGGAUGUCAACACCACCACAGGCACAGAUCUGGAGACCACGACCGGUACUGGGUCUGACCUGGACAGCGACGCAGAGAGCGACAGGGAAAAAGUGAAGGACAAAAGCAAACAGACUGAGAGCAAGCCAGACUUUGUCGGCAGUUCUGUGUCCACGAGUUCUGUCAGCAAUGCGAGUGAGAUCCCCCUUUUCUAUUCUCAGCACUCUUUCUUCCCUCCCCCCGAAGAGCAGCUGCUGCCUACGACAGGGGCAGCCAAUGACUCUAUAAAAGCCAUUGCCUCCAUUGCAGAGAAAUACUUCGGGCCUGGCUUCAUGGGAAUGCAGGAGAAGAAGAUGGGUUCCCUCCCAUACCAUUCCAUGUUCCCAUUUCAGUUCCUCCCCAAUUUUCCCCAUUCACUCUAUCCUUUCACGGAGCGGACCCUCAAUCACAACUUGCUGGUCAAGGCUGAACCAAAGUCACCCAGGGACCUUCACAAAAUGGGCAGCAGCAGCUCAGAAUCGCCCUUCGAUCUCACCACAAAACCAAAAGAGAUUAAGCCAAUCUUGCCGCCACCCAAGGUCCUGCCAGCCCCAUCUUCUGGGGAGGAACAGCCACUGGAUCUAAGCAUCAGCAACCGCAUCCGUGCCAGCCAGAAUGGAGGGAGGGAGCCCCGGAAAAACCACAUAUAUGGGGAAAGGAAGCUAAUGGGUAGUGAAGUGCUACCCAAGAUUUCUCAGUCUCAGCUCCCUCAGCAGCCGUCCCUGCAUUAUGCUAAGCCAUCGCCCUUUUUCAUGGACCCCAUAUACAGCAGGGUGGAGAAGCGGAAGGUGACAGACCCAGUGGGUGCCCUAAAGGAGAAGUACUUGCGACCCUCCCCGCUGCUUUUUCACCCCCAGAUGUCAGCCAUAGAAACCAUGACAGAGAAACUGGAGAGUUUUGCAGCCAUGAAGGCAGACACUGGCACUUCUCUGCAGCCCCUCCCACAUCACCCCUUCAACUUCCGGUCCCCACCUCCCACGCUGUCAGAUCCCAUCCUGCGCAAGGGCAAGGAGCGCUAUACCUGCAGGUACUGUGGUAAGAUCUUCCCACGGUCGGCAAAUCUGACGAGGCAUCUCCGGACACACACAGGGGAACAACCCUACAGGUGUAAAUACUGUGACAGAUCAUUCAGUAUUUCCUCUAACCUCCAGCGGCACGUCAGAAACAUUCAUAACAAGGAGAAGCCAUUCAAAUGUCACCUGUGUAACCGAUGCUUUGGGCAGCAGACCAACCUAGACCGACACCUGAAGAAGCACGAACAUGAGAAUGUUCCAGUGAGCCAGCACUCUGGAGUCAUCACAAACCACCUUGGGACCAGUGCCUCCUCUCCAAACUCGGAAUCCGACAACCAUGCACUUUUAGACGAGAAAGAGGACUCGUAUUUCUCUGAAAUCAGAAAUUUUAUUGCAAAUAGUGAGAUGAAUCAAGCAUCAACUUUAGCAGAUAAAAGGCCAGAAAUCCAAGACAUAGAUGGCAGCUCCCAAUGUCAUGGAUUAGCAAGUGAGAAAGCAGAUGAUGUGGAUGAUGAAGAUGAAGAACUGGAAGAGGAAGAUGAUGACAGCCUGACAGGGAAAUCGCAGGAGGAAACAGUAUCGCCCACAACAGAGCCCCGAGGAACAUUUGAGGAUGAGGAGGAUGAAGAGCCCACAUCCCUCACCAUGAGCUUUGACCAUACCCGAAGGUGUAUUGAGGAGGACGAAGCCGGCUUGUUAGAUUUGGAGCAGAUGCCGAAUUUUGGGAAGGGGCUGGAUCUUCGCAAAGCAGCCGAGGAAGCAUUUGAAGUUAAAGAUGUGUUUAAUUCCACCUUAGACUCUGAGACAAUAAAACAGACUCUGUACAGGCAGGCUAAAAACCAGGCUUAUGCAAUGAUGAUGUCCCUUUCUGAGAAUGCUCCCCUCCACACUUCCUCCCAGAAUUCUCUGGAUGCUUGGUUGAACAUGGCAGGAGCAGCUUCAGAGUCGGGGACCUUUAACCCCAUUAACCACCUCUGAGAGGUCGAGAAGGCACUGGGUCAGAGUCCAAGUGAGGCAGCCGCGGUGCUGUGAUUGCCCUAUCAGAAAUUCCAGCAAACAGAAGAUGGAUCCCAGGGCCUCGGGCAGUCAGCUGUGGAAAGAAACCUGUCAUGUGUGAUCUGCAGCUCCUGAACUUUUAUCUCUCUGCAGCUGUUCAGUUCAAAUGUGUCGGAACAAAACUCUCCAAACCGGAUAGCCCUGAAGCUGCCCUAGGACCCUACCAUCGCUAAGGAUAGUGUUAACAAGACGGGAAUUGCAUUGGUGCAAUCAAAUAUUGGCCCCCUCAGAGUUGCAAGACAAUACCGCUGAGCCAGCUAGAGUCUCCUUCUAAACUCACACUUGAAACCAUGUGACUCUCCACCAUCCAUUCAGUUCAGUUGACUAACUGUAACAAGGAAAACAUGAAACUAGAUCACAUCCGUCCCUGGUGUAAUUCUAUAUGUGGUUACUGGAAUUAUACCAAGGAAGGGCAAAGUUGGGCCCAUUUUAUUUAACUUGCCUCUUUUAAAGAGAUUGAAAUUCUGCAUCUGCACAGAUUUCCAUCCUCCCCUCCGCACGUCCGCCAUCAUCCCCAAGAGAACAUAUACAUGCAAGGCAAAAUGGUGCAGUGAAUCUGCAAUGCAGGCAGUCGGGAUCCCCUAGAGCUGGGAUCAUUUCUGCCAGGAGUGUUGCUGGAGCUGGGGACUUAUCUGCAUUGGACAAAACGGUGGACUGUGCCUUGUGAGCUCUGCCCUGGAAAACCCACCCCUCUGUCACUUCUCCCAGAGGGUCUUUAGAAUGAGGCCCCUGCAGUAUUGGUGGGAGCCUGGAUUUUGGCAGAAACUUCUGCCCCAUGCCCUCAUGUUGGUUUGUUGGUGGUUGCUUAUGCACAGCACCCUGCCAUAAUUUGGCCCAUCAUUUUGAUAACAUGCCUAAAAUUUCUUGGCUUUUAGUAAGCUUAUGAGUACAGAUCUACUUAAACAAGUGGCUAAGAAAAUGUAUCGUCUUUCUGAAUCUAAAUCUAUUUGCAAAUUUUUUUACGGAUGAUUUUAAAUUGCUCAGAAGUCUCAGCUUUUUGGCUGACACAAAACAGCCUCCAGGAAUAUUGCAGCGUGUCUGUGCUAUUUCCACGUUGUGAUAGCCACCUGGUAUUUUAGCCGGUAUUUUAUAGGUAAAACUAAACUUGAAAAUAAUUAUGACAAGGGGGGUUGAAACAUGACAAGGAAUUACAUUGGCAACACUGAUGAUGCUUGUGGCUUACGUUUGAGAAAUUCCUAGGUAUUUUAUCAUAGAAUUAGGGCUCCCUCUGGCCUGAGACUUUAAGUGACAGCAAGGGUGCCACAAACUUGCCCAUUCAAUGUGCUGUAUCAGCGACUUGCUACAGUCCUCAAGGUGCACUGAUGACCCAGUUGCUUAAAGCCUUCAGUCAAAGCCCAUUGGUGUCGAUAGGAGUUUUUCCAUUGACUUCAGUGGACUCUGGGCCAGGCCACUUCUGAGUAUUUGCAGAACUGGGUCACUAGCCAACUUCUGAGGAACUACUCACAAUAGUAAAUGCAUCUGCUGGUCAGUGUUUAUAAAUUUGCUCCCUGCCCUGGUAUUAUCUGUAACAGAACAGACUGCAGCUGCUAUGCUAUUGAACAUGGAGAAGGAGAUCGCUGGAGCAGAGGUCCCUGCAUGCUGUGCUUCAUCUUGAGGUAGCUGCUCAGGUUAAGAUGGAACAUUGUAUUCUGGGGCCUGCAAUCUUAGUGGGCCACACUUCAAGACAUGAGGCUGGGUUUUAGCAUGCCAGGAGCCUCUGUUGGAUGGCUCAUGGCGCUGUGCUUUGUGUGCCUCUUGGGUAAAAGGAAUGAAAGGCUCAUUAGCAGUAUCAAAUUAUUCUCCCCGUUCACUCAGAGAGGGACAUCUCUCCUGCAUGUCUCUCCAAGUCACCGCAUAUAAGUGCCGAAAGCUCUGAAUCCAAUAGCGAUAUGUAACUAACUCCCCUGUUUCAAAUGUUUGCACAAAGCUCUUGGCGAGCUGUAGCCCAAGAACUGACAAUGUCAGGAGAAACCAGUCUCUAGGAGUCAGAUGGAACAUUCCUAACCCUGGCACAUCUGCCUAUGGUAUAACAUAACAGUACUUCCCAUUCACUUGGGCUUUAAAUUAUUCCCAUAGGGGCCAAUUUAAAAUAAUAAUUAAUUGUUCUGUUCCUGAUGGAAUUUACCUUAAUCUGUAUAUAACUUGUAAGUUUUUCUAAUUCUUUUCUUAUUUUAUUUCUUCCUUAACAGUAUUUUUUGCAUUAGAUAUCAUUAUUGUGAAGAAAUAAUGUUAAUAUAAGUAUGUAGUGAAGGACCAAAAUUGUGUAAUUAAGGUUGUAUGUUGUAUGAUUGAUAACCAAGGAGUAGGAAGAUAUUUUUAUGUGCCAAAUGACCCUAAAUAAUCCUGCUGUUCUUGCUGCCGAUUUUCCAGACAAUCAUGUAUUUUGUUAAAUUUGAGUUUCAAUUACAUUUGCAUUUAGAAUAAGUGUUCUAUUUAUUUCUUUUAUUUUGUUUGUUUGGGGGAAAAAUAUCAUAACCAGAAAAAAACCUCCCCAAAUGCCCUUAAUAGGACAAAAUAAUCAAAACUCAAAAAAGCAAGGAGAAGUGUAAAUAAAAACAACUGUGAAAAUCCAUAUUGUGGCCAGGAUGCCAUACAAUGCAAAUGUGCCAUAUGUUAAAAACUAAUCAAUGCUUAUUUAUAUAAAAGAGCGGAAGAAAAAUCCUGCCAGUAUAAUUUUUUUAAAAAAUAUAAACAAUCUACACUUUGUACAUACCUGGAACACGAAUCUAGAAGUGUAGAUGGGUAGUUGCAGGAUAACACUGAUUCCAUUAGAGUUUAUAGCCAUUUGCAAAAGCACCAGGUCUAAUUACUAGAGCUAAAAGGUUAUUCUUCUGAAAAGAACUCCAUAGUCCAUAGCAAGGCUGUCACCCACAUAGGGUUGGUUUAAUCUUUGCUCUGAAAAACAAAUAUACCCUAAAAGGACCUUCCCAGGUGAGAACCUCAAAUCUGUAGACACUUACAUACAUGUAACUGUACUCACAUGAGUAGCUUGGCAGGAGUACUUAUGUGAUCAUCUCUAGGACCGGGCUUUAGAGUCUCUCAUUCCUGUGAUCAGCAGCGGGCACUAUAAAGCCCUAACUUGGCAAAACACCUAAGUGUGUAACUAACUUUAAACUUAGAAGUAAAUCAAUCCCUGUUCAGUUAAAGUACUUAAGCAUGUGCCUAAAUCCUUGUGAAGUCAAUGGGACUAUUCAUGUGCUUAAAGGUAAGCAUGUGCUCUCAAUCCUUUCUGGAUUGGGGCCAGAGUGCUCUGCCACUUGUAGGAUCAAGUGCAAAGGGCAAGAGUCCUUUGGUGUUUUGUUUGCAAGUCACUGACACCAGUUCUCCUUAGCUUUGCUCCUCCGUAUGAGGGGAUGACAGGGCAGCCAGGUGUCUCCAAAUGAGCACAGAGGCUGUAACAGAAGUGUUACACAGGCCUUUUUUGUCUUCCCUCCAGGGUACAAACUCAGCCCUGCUGUUGUUUGCAUUGCUUCUUCAGAAGAAGAAUGUAGGAAAAGCUCUGAACUCUGCAUCCCUUUUCCCUUAGCCUCUACAAAGGAGGCUGUGCCAUCCCUGCUUGCACUGAGCAGUCCUGCUGAUCUUCUGAUCACUGUGAGCAGGGGCUGACACACACUUUGCCCUUCUUUACAACAAUGAACGAUCUUUUAAAAUAAAAUAAUUCCUUUUUUUUUCUUUUCAGUUUCCUGUUACUUUAAAAAAAUAUUCCUAUAGCUGGUCUCUCUGUCAAUGUUAGGAUCCAGACUUCUCUAAAACGGUUCUGAUGACCUGUUUUAGGGUUUUUUUCAGUAACGUAACAAACACAAUGCUUAGUUGAGUUUAUAUUGAUCUGUUAACCCCUCAUUCAACUGCACUUAAAAUGUGUUCCAAUUUGUAGCUGAUAUUUGUUUUUUUCAGGUUUUUUAAUCUUACUUUGAAGGAUGUUUCCUGAGACUUGCUUAUGUUUAGAAUAAAUAGAGACAAGACGGAGCCUACCAUCAGAAUUGAAAUGAUUUUUAAGCACUAGCCAUGAGAAAAACCUGGGUCCCUAGUUUCAGUUGCAUGUGGAGCAGUGCAGCUCAAAUAUACCCUGCACCACUAAUGCAUUACGCUCAGGAAGCAAUGCUAUCGAUGUGAUAUAUCAGACUGUGUAGUUAGAGCAAAUGCAGCUUGGUAUUUCUUUGAAAUCAAGGGUACCAUCAUAGAUGUGAUCCUGGCCACCAACUAUUGGGGCGCGGGCACUAUUGCGUUAAUCUGUUUUUGCAGCUCCAGUAGGUAACCACAUUGCCACCAUAGCAAAGGGAGGGAAUGGGAUGCAUUACAUCACAAGGGAUGAGCCAACAAAUCAAUCAGCAGCUGAGGCCAUGGACAAGCCUCUGGCUGUGCCAGAUUGUUCCGUACUGCUGAAAUGGAACUGCAUGUUGAUGGGCCCUUCCUUCUGCUAUAGCUACUUUGAAUGUAGAUACUUUAUAGAUGAGCUAAAUAUAAGCGUUAAAAAGUGGUUUACUGUCCUUGCUGCUCCUUUGUGUUGCUCACUCAGAUAUCAGCCUUCGAAAUAAUGAUGUCGGUCAUGGGAUUGGUGCAGAGUGUGCCCAAAGCAAUGCUGUUGCUGUGCUACUUGGUAUUCCAGUACAUCCAGGUCGAAUGCAUCCACUUUGUUACUGGAUGUACCAGAUGUGUCCAGGAUUUGUUGUUAGAUGCACCAGGUAUGUUUCUGUAGAGGAUACCUGCUGGGCUCCUGCAGGCUUCAGGUGCCUACUUCCAAAUGCACUGGCUGUGUCCUAUGUUCCAUUGAUUUCAAGGAAAAAUUACUGCUGCUUAGACCACAACAGGUGUGAUGACAGUGUGCUAGCAACAAGCAAAACAAAACAGGGUUAACAGCCACACAUGAGCUGAAUUUGCGAUGCUGCGUUCAAGGCAAAAUACAAAGUUAUGAUUUCUGUCCUGCUUCAAACUGAUUAGCAGAACUUUUCAAUUUCCCCCAAAUCAGCACUUAGAAUUUCAAUAGACUUACUGAAAACUGCUUCUCUCUCAUUUUAUAUGAAGCAUUAAUAAAAGCACUUGCACAAUGACAUAUUAACAUGUUUAGACUCUAAGCAUCAAAGCACUGGACUGUGAGCCCCCUUCAGCCCCUCCAGCCUACUUCAAUCUACUGACUUACAUUCAAUUUUUAUGUGCUGUAUUUUUGUAUGUGUGUGGCGGGGGAAGGGGGAAGCAUCAUGGUGUAGAAACCUGCACUUUGCUGCCCAUUUAAAAAUGGGCAGGGAGUGAAACAGUCUGCUCAGAUCUGUGCUGGUAACAUGAGGGCAAAAACUUUGCCCCUAAAUGGUCAGUAGUGUUUUUCACCAAGCCAUGAAACUGUUUCUCCAUAGUGUUGAGUGAUACUGUGAUUAAAAUGUUAUUGAAUUAUUCCAAGAUUUCUUUUGUCUUUAUUCUGUCAUUGAUUCCUAUUACCACUUUUGGAAAAAAGAAAGAAAAAGAUAGAAAAAAAAGGCAGCUCUGAUUUCCAAAUGUGCAAUUCACAUGUGAACAAAGUAAUUUUGAAGAUGUUUCUCAAUGUAUUUUACAUUCUCAUUGCUCUCUUGAAAGCAAGAGAUGUUCUGCCCUGAUGUCAUUUCCAGCCUGCAGAAGAUGUAAUUUAAAACAUAUAUAUAUUGUGCUUGCAAGAAUCAUAAAUCCAUGCAUCCUAUGUCAUUCUUUCUCCCAUUGUUACAAUACAGAUUUGAUUUAGUUUUUUUUUUCCUUUAGGACUGUAUAGUGUUUUUUUUAAAAAAAAAAAUCAAUUGUAAAUGUCUGGUUUUCAUAAAAUGUUUAAAAAACAUUGAGAAAGAGGAUGGUGCUUGUUCCAUAUCAUUCUUGAUUGUAUAUUGCUUCUGUUAUGUUUAUAAGUAAACUGUGCAUGACUUGUGUUUAGCAGUCAUUAUUGUGUCUGUUUGUGAAAUUUUUAUUAAAAAGAAAAAAAAUUCCGUAGAUGCACUUAUUGUAUAUGUGAUUAGGUUUUGCGUCCAAGGCUAGAAGCCUUGAACUGCCAAGGAGGAAAAAAAAAAGAAAAAGAGGUGGCAGUUAUUAAUUAAUAUGAAAUCGCUUUGUUGGGAGCAUAAUGAAAUAAAAAGAAAUGAAGUGUAGAAAAUAAUUAAAAAAGCGAUUUUACAAAUUUCAUUUUGAUGCUUGUGAUAAAAGACAAAUGUACUUGUGUAGAGAAAUUCCUUUAAAAUAAUGACUAGGAAAGCUGAUUUUGAGGUUAAUGCUGUAGAAUAGGAAUGUAUACCAAAUGUAAUCUUUCCAAUGCUACAAUGAAUUUAUACAUGAGAUUGAUAUGCAAUAAA